AUGCAUAACCAUAUAUCUAUCACCUCAACAAUUUCAGCUAUAGGUGAUUAUAUACCUUCAUUAAUUUCUACAAAGGCAUUUGUACAAUUUCAGAGUUUAUUCUAUGCUCUUUCUUCUCAUAUUAUAUAUAUGCUUCAAUCAUCUGAACUUUCUUUUACUAAACUCAAAAAUGAAUAUAGCAAAGAUUGUAACAAGCUUCAUAAUAAUAAGACAAUUACUAACACUUAUAGAGUUACAGGAAUUUAG